CAAAGCAAAUCUGUUUCAAAUUUAUCAGCAUACCGAAAUCAGUCAUCUACUAUUAUAUCAGUGUCUGUGCAUUUAUUUGAGCACGAGUACUAAUUUCAAUGUAGAUUUUUUUGCCUUAAUUCUACAUUCUAUUCUGCACACAGAUCUAUUAAGGAUGUAUUCAUUCUCAGUUUCGUUGGACAAGUAAGGAUUUAUCUGUAACCAAAACAUGGCCUCAAGCAGAACUUGAGCACCUCACGUUUUCACCAUCAAUAUCACUAAUCGGAAACCAAAGGUUGAUAGAACAACCUCCAUCGAUUCGAGUUGAACAAUGAUUGUGACAAGCCACUUGGAAAAGUAUUAGCCAAUGACUAAUCGAUUUGAAGCUAUAUAGUAGAGUAAUAGCUCUAGUUGUAGAGUAAAGGGAUCCAAAAAUCUAAACACUUACACGCCCCUACGAUAUGAGAAGAAUAUUUGCAACUGUUCUAAUGGUGUACUAAUUUGACGUAUUGCAGGUUAUCGUUCAUUCCAUGUAAACUGUGGUGGGCCGGAUGUAACCAGUGGGAGUAUCUAGAUGUAUGAAGGUGACGAAAGCAUUAAAGGUGAUGCUGCUACGAUUUAUUCCAAUAAAAAAUCAAACUUGGGAUUCAGCAACACUGGAGAUUUUAUGGAUGACGGUGGUAAUAGCCCCGGAUAUAUACUUACUUCAAAAUACUCUUAUUUCCCAACGGAUACGGUGUAUUCUACAGCACGCAGAGCUGCCAUCUCUCUCACUUAUUAUGGAUAUUGUCUAGAAAAUGGGAUGUACACUGUUAAACUCGACUUUGCUGAGAUACAAUUCACAGAUGACGAAUUGUACAAAAGCGUUGGAAAACGCUUUUUUGACAUUUAUAUUCAGGGGAAACUAGAGAAACAAGAUUUUAAUAUUCAGAAGGCUGCCAAAGGAUCUAACAACGCUUCUAUAGUAUUCAAUGCCAAUGUGACAGAAAAUACCUUCGAGAUCCGUUUAUACUGGAAUGGAAAAGGGACUACUUGCAUUCCAAAAAGAGGAAAUUACGGUCCUCUUAUUUCUGCAAUAACUGUAUGCUCAGGCAUGUUUUAUAUAUAUAUUCUCAGCAUUUCAUUUGAAAGCCAGAGAACUUAUUGUCCAGAACCUGGAGAAGCAAGUAAAAUACCCAUCGUGGUUGGAGUUGUCACUUCAGCCUUACUCCUUGUUUUCUUGAAUAUAACACAUCCGCGCAUUGAUGAUGUUGAAGCAUUUCCCUUGUGUCACCAACAAUUAUGUGCAGAUCUCAAGGGGCUAGAUCUGAAAACUGGUUCCUUCACUUUGAGGCAGCUGAGAGCUGCCACUAACAAUUUUGAUUCUGCUGACAAAAUUGGAGAAGGUGGAUUUGGCUCCGUAUACAAGGGUAAAUUGUCAGAUGGAACUCUCAUUGCUGUUAAGCAGCUAUCUCCUAAAUCCAGGCAAGGAAACCGAGAAUUUGUGAAUGAAAUAGGCAUGAUAUCUGGUUUACAGCAUCCCAAUCUUGUAAAGCUUUAUGGAUGCUGUAUUGAAGGAGAUCAGUUGCUUCUGGUGUACGAAUACAUGGAAAACAACUCCCUCGCCAAAGCACUUUUUGGUUCAGAAACAAGUUUUCUGAUGCUGGAUUGGCCAACAAGAUAUAAGAUAUGUGUUGGAAUAGCCAGAGGUUUAGCAUUUCUCCAUGAAGAAUCUGCAAUCAGGAUUGUUCACAGAGACAUCAAAGGUACAAAUGUAUUACUGGACAAAGAUCUAAGUGCCAAGAUAUCAGACUUUGGACUAGCUAAGCUCAAUGAAGAGGAGAACACUCACAUUAGCACUCGUGUUGCUGGAACCAUAGGAUAUAUGGCUCCAGAAUAUGCGCUGUGGGGUUAUUUAACAGACAAAGCAGAUGUUUAUAGUUUUGGAGUUGUUGCUUUAGAAAUUGUCAGUGGAAGAAGCAAUUCGAGCUACAGGACAACAAAUGAAUUCGUAUGUCUUCUUGACUGGGCCCAUGUAGUGCAAAAAAAGGGAAAUUUAAUGGAGAUAGUGGACCCAAAGCUGCAGUCUGAAUUCAACAAGGAAGAGGCUGAGAGGAUGAUCAAAUUGGCUCUCUUAUGCACCAAUGCAUCUCCAUCUCUAAGGCCUGCAAUGUCAGAAGUGGUGAGCAUGCUUGAAGGACAGACCAGCAUCCGGGAGAUGAUCUCAGAUCCUAGCAUUUAUGGUGAUGAUUUACACUCCAAAUUUCUCAAAGGCCACUGUCAGCAGGUCAUGGACCAGAGUUUAAACAGCAAACAAGACCUCUUUCCUCCAUCUGAUAAAUCAUGGAUUGGAAAUUCCUCUACAUCUGCCCAUGAUCUUUACCCCAUCAAUCCCGAGUCCAUAAAUUUAAACAUCAGUGAAACCUCGUCUUUAAUUUAAUAAAGCCAAAGACAUGCUUGGAGCUUCGUUUGUAAUCAUAUAAUGAUGAUACUGAGGAUCAAGAUUUAGACGUGUAUGGAAGCUAUCUCCGUGGUUCUGAGAAUUCAGAGCCUCAGACACUUUUCCUGGCCAAUGAUUAUUACUUCCGAUUUAUGGGGAUGGAUAUUAUGAAUAUUUUUAAUAAAAUUUAAAUUUAAAGAAGGAAUCAGCUUGUUUUUGUAUGA